AUGUUGUUUUUAGAAUCGGUGAUUUACCACGUGCGAGGAACGAGGAACCCCAAAGUGUUCGUGGAAAAUUACAGUUACAGUUUGCAGAGGAGGUCGAACACGAAGAGUCGAUGGCGUUGUUUGUUCGUGAACAAAACGAGGUGCCGGGCGUUCUUGAACACCUACGGUAACAACGUGAAGGUGAUCAAUCACCACAAUCACGAUCCGCCCAAGAUGCCCUCGACUCACCUGCUCAUCAGCCAGAACGUCGUCAUAUCCAGGGGCUUCGUCUUCAAAGAGCAUUCUUUUAACGACCGUUUUAAAUGUGUAAUUUUCAUCAGCAGCGGCAGGAAGUAUCCCAAACUGGUGCUGGACGAUUACCAUUAUUGCUUGUUAUCCCAAGCCAAGGAGCACACCAAGUGGAGGUGCCUGUUUUAUUACAAAACCAAAUGCAAAGCGGGACUUUCGACUUCCAAAAACGUGGUGACCGUUUUGUACGGGCACAAUCAUCCAGCAGUCAAAACUAAAGAACUAAUGAUCACUUUCGCGAUGGGAGUGAAAAAUAAGCCGUUUAUUCUAAUAAACGAUUUUAAAUAUCUGAAGCACCGCAGCUCGCAGAAUUCCACGUAUUGGAAAUGCUGUUACUACGACACGGGGACUUGCAAGGCGAGAUGCACCACGUACGAGGGCUGCAAAAUUAAAAUAUCGGGGAUUCACAACCACUACUAUCGCCCCAUUUUCGAUUUGAAAAUUAUUUGCCAGAAAGUGUACGAUGUCAUCCCUUGAAUGUUUAAUAAAGCGAAAUGUUGUUUUGUUUUAAAGUCAUUUUGGUUUCAUAAUUUAAUUUGUAAUGAAUAAUUUAUACCUGAGUCCG